AUGAAACUCAUACACUCAUUUAGCGUCCUUAUCCUGUUUUUCAUUUCUUGGGCUGUUGCCCUCGAGCAGGGCAACAGUGACACUUUUCUGUCUAAGUCGGUCCACAAAUGCGAUGCCGUACUAACGGCCACUCUCGAUGGCAUUUGCCAUAUCUAUACUGUUCAAGCAAGGGAUAAUUAUGCAGUACUUGCCACUCAAUAUGGAAUCACCACCACCAAUAUUGAGACCUGGAAUACUGGGGUUUGGGGCUGGACAGGCUGUGAUGGACUGAAGCAGGGUAGCUUCAUCUGUCUGAGCUCUGGCAAUCCUCCAAUGCCAGCGGCUGUUCCGCAGGCUGUCUGUGGUCCUCAGGUUCCUUGUACUGCACGUCCUAUCAGUAUGUCUGAUCUUGGCUCCCUAAACCCGUGUCCUUCUGGUGAGUGUUGCUCUAAGCUAGGUAAAUGCGGUACUUCAACAAAGUUUUGUGAUACGGGCUGUGAUUCCAAUUGCAAGGAGACAGGAACUUUAGCAAAGAAGAGCGCUUCUUCAGAAACAACUUCAAAGCCUCCAAGCCCAACUUCAAAGACAUCCACUAAAGCAACAAAUACAACUUCAAAGCAACACUGA